UACUUGCUUCCACCGAUCGCGCCAAUUCCGCGACACCUCAUAUCCAAAGACUCGCUUCAAAGACAUCACUUCCUUAACAUCGACCCCUCUGAUACUGAGUCAUACUUCUGCUGGCCACAAUCGCGCUCUCCUGACCCCAUCGAAUCCCCUAUCCGCGCGCUAGAGUUGCUGGCGGGGAAUAGCGAACUGUUGGAGAAGUUGAAUCACACCGUGAAUUAUGAUGGCGAUGCUGAGACGACCCGUGCACGCGUUCAAGUCGGCGAUAAUGUGCAAGUUGUCUUUGUAUGGCAGGAUGUUUCUGAGGAAAGCGCCUCGAUGGGCGGAUCGCGGGAGAGUGGAUGGCGCUUUCAUGAUGUGAAGCGAUUCACAGCUCCGUCGCAAGAGUCAUCGUUGAAACCGCAGGUUGAUGACUCUGAGCAGGUGUCAUGUGAGGGUGUUUCGCGCCCAUCCAGCCCCUCGUCUGACGUGUACUGGAACAGUUAUGGUAGGAUUUCCGCUGGUGACUCCCCUGAACUGCCCCGAACUGCUCGACUGCCAACCUCUGCUCAAGAUUCCGCUGAAGACGCAUAUUGGAACUCUUACUCAAUGCCUGACAUGUCUGGAUUUGUGUAUGAGACACAGGGCUUGGACCAAGAAUUACUUUAUGCAUACGGGAGAGAUAAUGAGUCUUACACAGUAGAAAGGGGCCUGGAAACCCAUUAUGACGAGUUUACAGAUGUUCAUCACGAAGAGACUCGGGCCGUCGUUUUCGAGGGCGAUGGACAUGUGGAUCAACGCAGAAUACUGAGUGCCUAUGAGCCGGGCCGGUAUACUAUGGAAGCUGUGGAGAAGGUAGAGUCCCAUGCUGCGCGGUUAACCCGCGCCCUUCUUCCUUUGCUGUCACUUCAGGAGUACAUUGAGAAGAACCCCCCACAGGAGGGAGACCCUUCCCCCGACAGCAGCGUGGACGAUCGCGACACGACCGGAGCUACCCACUCGCCGCUACCCCUCUCUCGGGAAGAUGGAGUCGUGGUUGCGUUGGAGAAGGCGGCACCCUCUACAAAUCCAUCUUUGUCUGCGGCGCCACUCGAUGAAGUCGAAACAGCAGUUGCCGACUCUGUCCGUGGACUUUAUAAACUCUGGAUCUCAUCAAAGACUAGCCCAAUCGGUCACGUUUCCCAAGACGCAGGACAUUUGCGGAAGAUGUUCUUGUCGCUUGUUGAGAAUGCCCUUCCUUGUGGAGAUUAAGCAUCAGAGAGUUAUCUUGCCCUCCUUCGUCGAGCGCAGGGAUUCAACUUGGCCCAUAUGUCAAUUUCCUUUGCACAUCGUCAAUAUCUGUUCGCCCCCGCACCAACCUUCUUCUCUUAUUCAUUCACCUCGGCUCGGGCCCACGCAUUCGCUUCAUACCAACCAAUUAUCACAGCACUCAAUCCUUCCCCAGCAUUAUGGCUCAAUUAUACAAAUUACAGCGCAUAAGAAAUCAUAUCUUUCAUUGCAAUAAAUUGUAACUUGUUGAUCCGCCUGCAAUUACCACAGUCAUUUUCUCUUUUCUUAUUCCUUGUUGGCUAAGGGGGCUCACGAGUCAUCGAUAAAUCUUCCCU